AUGGUAUCUAUGGAUAACAACUUAAAGGUUCGGAAUGAGUCCAGCUUUCGAGGUGCCGAGCUGAAGCUCUUUGUCGUUGAUGUCGACGAUAAAUCAAGACGCAAGCGCCCCAUUACUGUGCAAUCUUGGUGCUGCGUCAAAGAUAUCAAGGAUAUAGUCCACCGCACGAUUCAUUAUCCUCCUCAUUCCCAAAGGUUGUUUUUCGGACCUCUUAUGACAUCAGGUCAGGAAUUGCCAAACCAUCGAAGUCUCCAUGAUGCUGGUAUCUACAAAUCUGGAGAGACCUUAUUUUUGAAAAACAAGAACAACAAAGCUACAAUGAAUGGUGCGAAAAAUUGCUCCAACACCGAAUUGAACAUUUCAGAAUCCGUUGUAGAUAUCACACCAAGACUCUUACGAAACAAGGUGACACAAGCACGACGUGCGCUUACCAUUGGUCUAAAACCAGAAUUGGUUUUGGAUGGAUCGGGCGGAACUUACUUCCUGCAUGAUGUGCGUAAAUCCAAGAUUGCAGUUUUCAAACCAGCCGAUGAAGAGCCUUAUGCGGAGAACAAUCCCAGAGGAUAUCUUCCCCACCCUGUUCAAUCUACAUCUCUCAGGGAAGGAAUUGUUCCAGGAGAAGCCUGUAUCCGCGAGGUAGCAGCUUUCAUUAUGGAUCACGAAGGGUUUAGCGAUGUUCCCAUGACUACCCUCGUGGAAGCUCGUCAUCCAAACUUCAAUUCCAAUGGUUCUCAACUCAAUGUCUCUCAAGGAGGGGCAUCUAUUGGUGCUCACUCCAUUCUGAGUGGGGGGACAUCUUCAAGUACCACAGAAACGAAAGUUGGAUCCUUCCAACAGUUUAUACGAACCGAGUGUUCCAUGGAUGAUAUCAGUCCCAGUAUGAUCAGAGUCGAUGAAGUACACAAGAUUGCACUUUUAGACAUUCGGCUUUUGAAUGCCGAUCGUAAUGCUGCCAACCUGUUAUGUCGGAGACGAUCCGAUAACUCAUUACAGCUGAUACCGAUCGAUCAUGGCUUUUGCCUGAGAGCGUCCGCAGAUGUUUCGUGGAUGGAUUGGUGUUGGCUGGAUUGGCCACAACUCAAGCAGCCCGUCAGCAAGGUAACAAGGGAGUAUAUCAUGCGGUUAGACAUUGAAGAAGAUGCCAAGACGUUACGAGAUCGUUUCAACAUUGAUCAAAAAGCGAUCGACUACUUUUGCGCAUCGUCCCGGUUACUCAAGCUCGGUAUCAGCAAGGGUCUCACUUUGUACGAUAUCGCAUGUAUGUGCUGCCGAAACGACACCCUUGGAGAGUUGCCAUCCAGAUUAGAGGCUCUAUUCUCCAUGGCUGGGGAUCUUGCCGGACUUGCUAUUGAAAAUGGCAGAUGGCACCACUCUGCCGCAUCCAAAGCUCUUACCGAACAGAUUGCUCUCAAUACUGACAGUCUUCUUGGUGCACCUCGAGUGUCAAGCAGUAUGCGAAAGGUUGCUUCAUCGGUUCAGUUUGGCCAAGCCACGAAUGGGUUGGCUGGCCUCCAGUUGAUGGCAAAGGAUGAGACUGUGCCUGGAAUGGUGAACUCCUCAGCUUCAUGUUCCAGUUCAGAUAGCGUUGAAGGCGAACAAGAAGGUGAACGAGAUGAGACAGAGCAAUGGGCAGCUGACGUGGUUUUGGAUGUUAGCAUGGACAAGAGCAUGUCAAUUGCCAAGACAAGAACUGGCAGAUCCAAUUCGAUUGAAUCAGAAGGAUCCAGCGAUUCGAGCCAAGGUUUCUGGCAAUACAGUCCACGCGAUGACCUUGAUGACGACGAAGAUUAUGAUGAAUCAUUUUCAAGUUUCGACAGCACGGACGAGCUGUGCAACGAACGAGGAAUACCGUCCUCACCUGACAAGCGCUUUCGCCGUUUGUCAAUGACACCGGCGUUCAAUUCCAAUAUAUCAAAAGAUGCCUUGAGAAAUCCUCCAACGCACUCGUAUCGGGCCCCAUCGAAAGUAACAUUUGAUACUGCGGCGACGGUAGAGUUUGGUCCUGUUCCCUCCGAUGAGGUAGAUAACAAACCUUCUCAACCCUUGGAAGUUCCUGAGAUUCCAUCAAUGCCAGGACUCAAAAUGCACCGGUCUCAGAGCUACUCUGGUCUUUCGUCUGCAUCGCAGAUUGGAAAAUCGCGAAAUGAUAUGACAGAACCCAAUCAGCCUCGCUCGAACCACAAGGACCUGUAUCGCAAGUACUUUGCAUCUUUUGUGAAGACUGUAAUCACUCAAGAAGCAACUGCCGCCGCAAAGCUUGCGAAUCAUCAUAAUCAUCACAAUUGA